CUGAGCAGCUUCCUCCCUCUGCUGCCUCUGUUACUCAGCAGCCCCGCCCUGCCUCACUCCACCGUCGGCAGCGUCUCCARUUGCAUCACUGCGCCUGCAGCGGGAGGAGCGUUCGCUGCUCGGGCUGGCGCAGAUUAACUGUUGCCCUGGACCUGCUGAGGAGAACCCACGACCGGAGGAGGGCCACCCGGAGGAGACGGGACGCCGCCCGGUCCAGCAAGAGGCUUGAGCUCCGGUUCCGCGGGGUCAUGAGGACGGCYAGGCGAGCCAGCAACGUGGAGGUGCCCUCCUUCCUCCGCCAGCUGGUGAAGGAGACGGAGAAGAUGGUGACGUUCUUCUUCAAAGGGGGGCCUAGGGAAAGAGGGCCGGAGGAGGAGGACAACUUUAACGGGGARGGCGCUGUGCAGAGCCCCUACCUGGAGCGUCCCAUCUUGGAGAAGCACGUGUCGGAGGGGGGGUCUCAGUCAGGGCUGAACUACGCCGUGGCGAGCAUGCAGGGCUGGAGGGCUCAGAUGGAGGACGCUCACACCUGUAUGUCCCAGCUGAAAGGAGAGCUGCAGGACUGGGGAUACUUUGCAGUUUUUGACGGACAUGCAGGCACCACAGUGGCACAGUACUGCUCCAGAAACCUGCUGCAUCACAUCCUGACAACAG